AGGCUAAAGAUCUAACGGCAUGAAUUUACCCGAAGCUUCAAAAGCACAAAACGUUCAAAACGAGAGAGUCAACAUCGUUAGACGUUAAACCAUAUUCGCUGUGGCUAUGGCGAUUCCGGUUACUUCGAUUCUACUCAUCGCCGCCGUAACAUUCCUCUCCACGACGCCGUAUUUGGUCGAAUCGAGCAGCGACAACAACCACGUCUUCUCGCCGUGCGCUGAUACCACUGUACAGGAGUCGGACGGUUUCACCUUCGGAAUCGCUUUUGCGGCAAGGACUGCGUUUUUCUUCAACAGCUCGGUCCAAUUGUCACCUUGCGAUAGGAGGCUAUCUCUGUCUUCUUCGAACUCGCAGCUCUCUGUUUUUCGCCCUAAGGUGGAUGAGAUCUCUCUCCUUACAGUCAACAGCAGUAGCUUUUCGCCGGAUUCUGUUGGUGGGUAUAUGGUGGCAUUUGCUGGUAGAAAGUAUGCUGCAAGAUCGAUCCCUGCUUUUGUUGCAAACAGCACAUAUAUCGUCACCAGUUUCACAUUGGUGCUGGAAUUCCAAAAGGGCAGGCUACAGAACUUAUACUGGAAAAGAGACAGUUGUUCUUCGUGUUCAGGCAAAAGCAACUUUGUGUGCCUCAACAAUCAGGACUGCGCGAUGAGGACUAAUACCUGCAAGAACCGAGGGGGAAACGUCGAUUGUAGUGUCGGAAUACAACUCGCGUUUUCCGGAACUGAUAAGCAUGAAUCUGUUUUCAACUCAUGGUACGAGGUAAAAAAUCUCCGUCAAUACUCGUUGUUCGGUCUCUACAAAAACCUCAAGGAUUCUCUUACGAGCCAAUACAACAGUUUCUUUUAACCAGCUUUUACGGAUCGGUUUCCUUUUUGUGUUGUGUGAAAUUUGUUUAUGCUCUUUGUAAAUUAUCGUACCUGAAUAGAUUGAUUGUUUACUUGACUUGUUUUGCAUUCGGCACGAGAUCGAGCAUUUUAGAGCAGUUGUGAUUUAUACGAGAUCG